CGCAGAACAAACAUGGCAGCGCACAUGUGCGUGUGGAUGGGCAGCGUGCCGUAAUAAGACUCGAGUUCAGCCACUCGGCUCUGAAGAAGAGGGACGGUUUCCACCGCGGGUCCUACGCCAUGAGGGUGUGGCGGUUGCAAAACGAGGUCUACUUUCGCAAAAGGCUGUGGAAGAACAGAAGAACCUUGCGCAAGUUGGAGAAGUGCAUGACGCCGCGGCCCCUGUUGGACAAGGGGGUCCAAAUUCACGACGCUCUUGACAUCGCCGCGAACGAAUUUGUGCCGGAACCAUUUGAGCUUCCCGAACCCCAUGGCAUCCCAAAUGAAAAGUGCAACGAUAGCAGGAACCCCAACUGGCAUGACCAGGAGGCCUACAUUGUGCACAAGCAGUCGCGACUCCUCGAAGGGGACAAGCACAUGUGCCUGCUCACCAAGACAAUCCGGUAUGACGGCCUCCCCACGGCACUUUCAGAGCAUGUCAGGCGGCACGCCCUUGGGGAAGCUCACCAGCAGGCUGCCAAGGAAGCCCUGGCACAGGUGCACCUGUACGAUAGCACCCAGGUGAAACUUCCCAAAAAGAUCGACCUGGCCAAGCCCCACUGGGUAUUUCCACGAGAAUAUGGAGUACCCGUCAAGCGCAAGGUUUCUCAUGUGCUUGCCAGCUUCCAUCAUUUGUGUGAGAAGUUGACCAGCCAAGUUCCAGAGGCUAUGGAUCGCACCCGCCUUUCUGAUGUGGUCAGCAAUGCCUGCUUCCAAAAGGAAGAUGGGAACACAUUGGUGUUCAAAACCGAGGUUGACACCCUGACCACGAGCAAGGUGCCACUGGGUGCCUUUACCACCCCUGAAGAGGUCAAGGCUACGGCUGAUGCGGUCAUGCCCGAUCUGUACCCUGCCAAGUAUACACUUGACUUGGACAAGGGCCACAUUUACCACAUGGACGAUGUUUAUCCCGUGCCAAGGGUGGCACUCAACCAGCAUCCACACACGCUUCACGUGACACACCCCUACCACUAUUUCUGGUUUCCCAAGGAAAAGCUGGCCCGUGCCAUUCUCGCAUGUUUCACUUUCGCAGCAGCCAGAGCCAGGCAACUGUAUGGGGCAGACACACUGACCCUACCAGAGCCUAUGGCUCUGCAAUGCACGUACAGCGAUGCUGAAACAUUUGGCUUUCUGGCAUACCAGCUGAAUACACUCGACCUCUCCACUGACGAAGGCAUCAAAAACCAGGUCUGGGUGGCAGGGGAGCCACACAAGCUCUUUGAAAGCUGCAACCACAGGGAAGGCAUGGUGGGACACAAUCCAGCUGUCUUCCAACACUUUCUCGCGUUCUACACAAGCGGGUUUAGUCAGCUGCCAUCUCUCGAGGGUUAGUCAUGUAGAGUGAGCAGUGGGUUAAGUAGAAGCCAAUAAAGUGUAUAAUGCUGAA